AUGGGUAUGUCAAAGGACAAGCAAGGCUUCCUCACCAUCGAGGCGAAGCCCUACCCCUUUUCCUUCCCGCUCCAGCACACGGCGCUGCUGGUGAUUGAUAUGCAGCGUGAUUUCAUCUCCGCUGGCGGCUUUGGCGAGAUCCAAGGCGGAAACCUGGAGGCGGUUCAGGCCUCCAUUGCUCCUACGAAGCAACUCCUGGAUGCAUGCCGCGAUGCUGGCAUGCACAUCUUCCACACCAGAGAAGGCCAGGUGCCGUCCCUGGCGGACUGUCCGUCCUCGAAACUCGUUCGACAGGCGGCUGCACCUGGGAACACGCAACAUCUGAAGGUGAUCGGCGACAAAGGCGAAAUGGGACGUCUUUUGGUGCGCGGGGAGUACGGCCACGACAUCGUCGACGAGCUGCAGCCCCUCCCAUCGGAGGUGGUGAUUGACAAGCCGGGCAAGGGCUCGUUUUGGAACACCCCGAUCCUGCACAAAUUGAAGGCCUACGGGAUCACCCACCUCCUCGUCUCCGGGGUCACGACAGAAUGCUGCUUUUCAACCACGAUCCGAGAAGCCAACGACCGGGGGUUCGAGUGCUGCGGCAUCGUGCAGAGCACGGCCGGCUACAACUCGGCCUUCAAAACCGCCUCGCUCGACAUGAUCCACUGGUCCCAGGGCCUGUUCGGCUUCGUGGCCGAUCUCCAACCGGUGCUGGAUGUGCUUUCCCCCUGGCAAAGCCAGAGCAAGGGAGUCAGCACGCCUCCGCAGACACCGCCGUCUUGGGAUGGGAAGCUCGGGAUUGCCGAUCUCCAGGCCUCGUACAGGAGUGGAUUGUCUCCCCUCGAGCUGGUCAAUGCGCUGUUCGACCGGAUCGAGAAAUAUGAACACAUUGAUGGCGCGGUAUGGAUCCGACGAGAGUCGCGAGAGGCAGUCUUGGACCAAGCACGCCGUCUCCUGGAGCUCUAUCCAGACAAGAACGCGCGUCCAGCACUAUUUGGUGUGCCGUUCACAGUCAAGGACUCUAUUGACGUGCAAGGAGUCGAAACCACCACGGCGUGUCCCCCACUGGCGUUUGUGGCCACCAAAUCUGCCAUGUGCUACCAAAAGGUGGUUGGACAGGGUGCCUUAUACCUGGGCAAAGUCAACUUGGAUCAAUUGGCAACUGGGCUGAGCGGGUGCAGAAGCCCGUUCGGCAUCACGCACUCCGUUUUCAGCGACGAGCACAUAUCUGGCGGGAGCAGCAGCGGAAGUUGUGUGAGCGUGGGCGCAGAUCUGGCGACUUUCUCGCUGGCAACAGACACGGCCGGGUCUGGGCGAGUGCCAGCUGGCUUCAACGGCGUUGUGGGAUACAAGCCUACACGCGGGUUGGUGUCUUUUGAGGGCGUGACGCCUGCUUGCUUGUCACUUGAUUGCAUCGCCUUCACCGCCCGGACGGUCGAAGAUGCCCGUACGCUGUGGCAGGUGUGCGAGGGAUACGAUGAAAAUGACCGUUAUGCCCGCGAUACAUUCCCUGCCGAACGACACGUCAACUCGAUAGGGACGCAACGAGAGGCAUUUCGAUUUGGCAUCCCUCCCCCCGAGCUUCUCGAAGUCUGUUCACCUAGCUUCCGCAAACUGUUUAAUGAAGCCGUCGCACGGCUCCAAGGCAUGGGAGGCACUCUGGUGGCCAUGGACUGGACUCCAUUCCAGAAAGCGGGAGACCUGCUCUAUGAAGGCACGUUUGUCUCGGAGAGACUGGCUAGCUUACCGGACGAUUUUCUGGAGAAGAACAGGCAGCACCUCCACCCGGUCAUCCUCGAGCUAUUCGAGAAGGUGGUGGCACGACAGAGCACGGCGGUGCAGUUGUUCAGAGAACUCCAGGCCAAGGCGCUGUACUCCCGACAAGCCACAUCGCAGUUCAGGAGUGCCGAUCGAUUGGGGCUUGACGUGGUGGUGGUGCCCACCGCGCCGUGGCAUCCCACCAUCCAGGAAAUGCUUGCAGAUCCCAUCCGGCUGAAUGCGAAGAUGGGCACCUUCACGCAUUUUGCCAACGUGCUGGACAUGUGCGGCAUUGCCGUGCCAUCCUCGACAUACCAGGAAAGCGAGGCUGGGCCUCGACUGCCGUUCAGCGUCACGUUCCUGGGCAGCCGAUGCUCUGACAGCGAGGUGCUGGGGAUUGCCGGCCGAUACCAGGAGGCGACGGGGCGAUAGGCGGGAGGGGACAACUCUUAGUAUUCUUUUCUCUUGUGGUUUGUUGCGUGUGUAUUGAUAAAAGAGCAGGACAUGUUGCAUUAGGGCGAGCAGACGAGGACCCAGGACCCCAGCAUGGCCCAAUGUCGAAGGUUGAAGCGUCUCACCCACGCCCAGCGGCCUGGUCGGUGGCCUACGGUGCCCUAUGGUGCCCCUACGGAGGCCCUUGGGUCAUGGCACCCAGCAGAUCAGCCAAUCGAGUGGCCGGCUUCCUUAUCUCGAGCAGCCGUGGGAAGCGACACUAGACGGCCUUGUCUGCUA